AUGUCAUUCAACCAUAAGUCAGCUGAUAAUGGUCAAAAAAUUGGUAUCUUAUUUAGUCAAUACUUCUCUUCAGUUUAUAAAGAUACAGCUCUUACUAAUAAUAAUUUUCAGUCUAAUAUAGUUCAAUCAAUUGGUUCGUUAAACUCACAUCACAUCGAACUCCUAGAAGUUUUCAAUGAAUUAAAUAUUCUAUCUUACAAAAAUGCAAUUGGUCCUGAUGGUCUCCUAUAUUUUUAUUUAACUGCAGAUUUAUACUUUCACCACCUAUCACAUAUCUCUUUAAUUUUUGUUUAAAUAGUGGCUCAUUUCCAUCAUCUUGGAAAUCCACCUAUAUUAAUUCAAUUUUUAAAAAAAGGUAAUAAAUCAUUUAUCUCAAACUACCGUCCUAUAUCGAUAAUUUCUAUUCUCCCAAAAUUAUUUUCUAAGAUAAUAAAUAAUAAGCUCACACCCAUAUUUAAACAUAUUUUAGCACCACAACGACAUGGAUUUCGCAAUAAAAAGUAAUGUCUUACUAAUUUAACAUCAUAUAAUUAAAUCUUUUUCUAAUAAUCAACAAACAGAUGUUGUUUAUACAGAUUUUGAAAAAACCUUUGAUAGAGUAAACCACUCUUUAUUAAUCAGUAAACUACAGAAAAUCGGCUUUUCCAAUCCCCUAUUAUCAUGGUUUAACUCAUUCCUAAGUNUAAUUUAUUUAUAAAUGAUGCCGUAUCAUCCAUUUCACACUCCAACAUUUUAUUAUUUGCCGACGAUGCAAAAAUUUACAAAUCUAUUACUUCCCCCGAUGAUAUUAAACUUCUUCAAAGUGAUUUAGUUUCAUUUAACGAAUGGUGCAUUUCAAAUAGUCUUUCAUUAAAUAUUGAUAAAUCCCAAAUUGUUAUCUACUCCAAAAUAACACAAUCCCUUACAUUUUAAUUAUCAUAUAUGUGAUAUUAACCUACAUCGUUCGUCAUUAUUUAAGGAUUUAGGGAUUUUAUUUGAUUCCAAACUAUUAUUCAAUGAUCGUGUAUCAGCGAUUAAAAAUAAAGCUUUAUCUGUAUUUGGUAUGAUAUAAAGAAACUGCUCCGAUUUUCGUGAUCCACUUGCUCUCAAAUGCCUUUAUACCUCACUAGUCCGUUCUUUAUUAGAAUACGCUCCAAUAAUUUGGAAUCAUAACAAUGUAGGACAUAAUGAUCAACUUGAUAAAGUUCAAAAUAAAGCUCUCAGAUUUUUAUGUCAUACAUGUAAUAUUCAAAGAACUCCUCACUCUGGCUACGAUAAUAUUUUAAAAUUGUUAAACUUAGAAUCUUUAAAUGUACGGAGACACUUAUCAUACAGUACGUUCCUCACCAAAUUGCUAAAUAAUGAGAUUGAUGAUUCAUUUUUAUUGAGUCAAUUAAACUUCAAAGUUAAAAAGCCACCACACUCGUAA